CGGGGGUGCUGCAGCCCGAGGAGGGGUCGCCAGGAGGUGGGGACCCUCAGUCCUCGGGGACAGCAGGGCUCGGUGUGACACGGCCCUCACUGCAGAGCGAGCCCGGCUCGGGGCCGUCCUGCCCGAGCAGCUCCGGUGCCCUGUGCCCGCCCGCUGCGGAUCGCCCUCCCGUCCCGCCGCCGCGCCCGCCCGCGGGGAGAACCAGCGGAGAACGCGGCUGAGCUGCGGGAGCGCCCCGGCCCCGGCCCCGGCCCCGGCCCCGGCCCCUCCCGGCGGAAGCGGCGGCGCUGGGCCUUCGGCUCCCGGCGGGCCGACCCACUCCAGGCCCCGGCUGCGGCCUCCGCGGCCCGGCGUUGGGCCCGGCCGCCCCGGCCCCUCGGGAGAACUUCCCCGCGGCCUCCUCGGUUUCUAACAUGGUGAUAGAGAAGAUGCUUUCCUGGGCGCAAAUUAGACAGUGCGACUGAGCCAGCGAUCAGGUCACUGCUGAAAAGGGCUGGCCCUGUUCCCUCUUCUUCCCUCCUCUGCAUUGAUAAACACAUGCUCCUGCUGUGUUUCCCUUGUGCUUGGUCCAGUGCUUCUCUGAUCCCCCCAAAGAGGUCUUGAUUUCAGCCUGUCAUUUUGUGGGUAAAUUACUGGGUUUGAGUGGUGGUUGGAUUCCGAGGUGGAGCGACAGCAGGAUGUGUGAAGGGCCAUCCAGGAUUUCUGGACCCAUUCCUCCAGACCCUACGCUCUUUCCAAACUAUUAUAAACGCCCCUUCUCAGCUCGAGGGAGGCUGGAAGGGAAUGCCCAGAAGCUGGAUUUUACCUCUGGCUCCCCGGACCCAGUUCACAACCCAUACCCUGCUUUGGGCAGUGCCCGCCAGGUCCAGCCAGUCCCUCGCAUUCGUCCCAGUGGAAAGGACUUCCUGGAGAAGGGACAGAAGGGGACGCUCAGUCUCUUACUGCAGCUCGAAGGGAUCUCCCUUGAUGGGGGGCUGCCAGUCAAGAGGAAAGAGUUCAAGGACCAUGAGAAGGAAAAUAUGAGGCGAAUAAAGGAGAUUCAGAAGAAGUGCAAAGAGAAGGAGAGAGCCCAAGAGCACAGCCAGCCCAAGCCUGUGAAAGCUCUGUGGAAAUCCCAGAAAUAUGAAAACGUGGAGUCAAAGGUGAAGGCCAAACUGCAGGAGAGCUCCCCAUCUCCAAAUCCGGAGGCUCUGAAAUUUCUGAGGGCCUAUUCUCGCUGUGGCCCUGGGAUCAAGCCGUGCAGACCGCUCUCCCCCAGGCCUGCCAGAACGAAAGCAGGAGCAGACACAGAGGCUCCAGAGCCACUGGAUGCUGAAACCAAGAUCCGGGUAGAGGGCAAGAGCAUUGACUUCAUUAAGCACAACGCCCGCAACGCCAAGCGGGCCCCGCUGCGGCGCUCGCAGUCCCUGCAGGCGCUGGCCGAGCUGCUGGAACAGAAGGAGCAGGAGCAGGAGGAAUACAACGCCAAGCAGAAGGGCCACGUCCCCCAGUACCUGCUGGAGAGGAAGGAGCUGUGGCGCAGACAGACGGAGGAGCGGCUGCGAAACCUGCCAGAUCCCGACACGCCACCUGGUCACACCAUGAUGCCGGAGGGCCAGCGGCUGCAGACCCUCAGCGAUCUGAAGCAGAGCCAGGAGCAGCUGAUAAAGGACCUGGUGAUGCUGCCAGUGCGCACAGACACUCUCAGCAUGCAGAAGAGGCGGAUAGAGCUGGAGAGGAACCUCUCCCACAUAGAAGAGGCCAUCAAAAUUUUCUCAAGGCCCAAGGUCUUCAUCAAGCUGGACUCCUGAGCCUCUGGGACUGGGUGCGUUGCGCUCCUCCGUGCAAACAUCUUCCAAUGCUGGGAAGGGAUGAUCAUCACUUUGGGAGGGAAGGAGAGGAAGGCAAAUUCAGGACCCUGGGCCCACGCAGGUGCUGAUACAGUGUCCAACGUGCAGCUGGCAUCUCUUGCUCACUGUCCAGUGCUCUCUCUUGUCACGGAAAAGGGGGGCAGAUGCCCCAGUAUACCAUCCACUCUGUUGUCUGGAGGACAGUUGCCUGUGUGCUGCUUGACUUCUCAGAGAUCAGCUCUCUGCUCUGGGUCCAUGGCAUCACCUCUUAUUUUCCCAUUUUUUCCCACUUCUAGAAACUGGUAGGAGGUCUCCCGUGCUGCUGCCUGUGAUGUUCCUUGUCCCCUCCUUUCUCCUGAGCUGGGCCACGAUCAUGGUUCAUUCUGGGCACCUGCAGAUUUGUCUGCACAAAAACCUCGUGCUGUACGUCUGCCGUGCGUGCCCCGGUCCUGAGCACCGACCCGUCCUGCUCGCGCAGCCGGUGCCUCUGCACCCUCUGACCUGUCAGGGCUCAGCAGCUUGGGGACAGCUUGGGGACAGCGAAGAGGCGCAGAGCUUCAGUCCUUGCUGCCCACAGAAGAGCUGGGCUGGCUGUGGGUCUGGCAGGAUCUCUGGAGGAGCCUUUGUUGUCUGUGGGGCAGGCCAUGCUCCAAUAAAGCAUCGUUGCCCUCUU